ACGAUAUGGAUCUGACCCUGCCACCUCCAGACGGUAUCCGAAUUGUGAUGUAGGGCACGAAUACGUCGCGUAUUUCUGCAUCUACAAUGCUGACUCUGUCGUCGAUUGGUUCCGCCUCGGCCGAAUCGCCCUUGUGUUCGACUUUCGCUUUUUCCCUUCUCCUCUUGCGCUUUCGUAAUGAUAUCCCCAACGUCCUGUCCUUUGCUUGUCUAUACAAUAUGCCUCUCUCGCACAGGAAACGUUGGUCUGCACCUUCCCCUACAGAUGAGCCCAUCUGUCCUAACCCAGGCAAGUCGAUAGCCCAGACCUUGAGCUCUCCAUCGUUACCAGCAGUCAUGCAGCCGCUACCGUCCGGGGCGACGCCGAGAGACCAACAUUCUCCGUUGGUUUGAGCAAUGUGAGUCUCGAUACAGUGUUGUGAGUUCACGUCCCAGAUCUUGAUCAGCGCAUCCUUGCUGGUGGAUAGAAGAAAAGCUUGAUCAGUGUCCAUCUCCCCAUCCUUACCGUCAUCGCUUGUUGAGUUUGAAGGGUGAAGAAAGUGUAGGCCUGUGAUUUCUCCUUUGUGCCCACGCAAUUUGAACAUGCCUACCUCGGAGACAAGGUCCCAAAUGAUGAUGUCUGUAUCCUUUGCGCCACUAGCUAGGCGCACGCCAGAUUUGUCGAAAG